CGCACUUCCGGACAUGCGUUUUCGCACGUUAGCGGCACCAACAUGGCGAUGACAAUAAGCCAAAAUGAUGUUCAGGUGCAACAGAAAGAAGGAGAGGAGGAUGAUCUAUCGAUAUCUAGAUCUGACAGUGGUGAGGAUUCUCUCAAUGGCCUUAUGAGACACAGAUGUCCAUUGACCCCUUCGCUGUCUCCACGGAAACGGACCACCAGCCAAAGCAAAACAGAGCCUCCACUUCUGAGGACGAAUAAGAGGACAAUCUACACUGCAGGGCGUCCACCCUGGUACAAUGUUACUGGGACCACCUUUAAAGAAGCCUUUGUCAUAGGUCUGUGUGGAGGAAGUGCCUCUGGGAAAACCACCGUGGCCAAUAAGAUCAUAGAGGCUCUUGAUGUUCCUUGGGUUGUUCUGCUCUCUAUGGACUCUUUCUACAAGGUUUUGAGUAAAGAGGAGCAGGAGUUGGCAGCUAGAAACGAGUACAACUUUGAUCAUCCUGAUGCCUUCGAUUUUGAACUGCUAGUAACUGUGUUGAGAAAACUGAAAAAGGGCAAAAGCAUCAAAGUGCCAGUGUACGACUUUACCAGUCACAGUCGUCGCAAGGAGUGGAAAACCGUCUAUGGGGCCAACGUUGUGAUAUUUGAGGGAAUCUUGGCUUUUGCCAACAAGGAGCUUUUAAAGCUCCUAGACAUGAAGGUAUUUGUAGACACAGACUCUGACAUCCGGCUAGUCAGGCGACUAAAAAGGGACAUCACGGAUAGAGGGCGUGACAUUGCAGGCGUCAUUAAACAGUACAACAAAUUUGUCAAGCCAGCGUUUGAGCAGUACAUCGAACCCACUGUGCAGGUUGCAGAUAUUGUGGUCCCAAGAGGUGGAGAAAACUUUGUAGCCUUGGAUCUGAUUGUUCAGCAUGUUCACAGUCAGCUGGAAAAGAGGAAACUCCGCUGGGAUAUAUCUUUGGUUGCAAAACCCUUACUUCUGUCUUCUUCUAAUAUAAAGGCCUGUUCACACCAACCGGUGUCUGUUGAAACUCCUCAAGGAACUGUAUAUGAAGGGAAGAGGCUGAGCGGGAAAAGGAUCACUGGUGUGUCCAUUUUACGGGCAGGAGAGACCAUGGAACAGGCCUUGAUGGCUGUUUGUAAGGACAUUCGACUCGGAAAGAUCCUCAUUCAGACCAAUCAUGACACAGGAGAGCCUGAGCUCCAUUACCUUCGUCUUCCCAAGGACAUCAGUGAGGAUUAUGUUAUCCUGAUGGACAGCACUGUGUCAACAGGAGCGGCAGCUCUCAUGGCUGUCAGAGUCUUACUUGAUCAUGAUGUCCAGGAGGAUAAGAUCUUCCUGCUCUCUCUCCUCAUGGCGGAGAUGGGCGUUCACUCAGUGGCCUACGCCUUUCCCAAAGUGCGCAUCAUCACCACUGCCGUGGACAAGAAGGUCAACGAUGAGUUUCACAUCAUUCCAGGGAUUGGUAAUUUUGGGGACCGUUACUUCGGGACUGAUGCUCCUUCAGACUGGUAUGAAAGUGAUGAGGGGAUGGACUACUGAAUUUCAUCAAGACUUGUAUGUGAGCAACUGUAUCAGCAUGCGUCAGCGAAGGGAACUUUUAAGCACUUAAUCUCAUAGGAUUGUGGACCCAUUGCCCUCCCCUAUAUAAGCAUAAGCCUUAGCCGCCUCUUGCUGUCAAUUCUUGCAAUACUGCGUCCUACACGUGAGCCCAUGCUCAAUACAGGUCAAAGCAUUAAUGGACCCCCAAACAUGAGAGAUUACUGCUCAUUAGCUUUCCUUGCAGUGCCCACAUGACCAUCACAAUUUAAGAGUUUUUCAUGAAUACUUGAACUAAGAAAUGAUAAGAGUGGAAUAAUAAGGGCACACCACAGUUUCUUCAUGGGAGUGUUUGAAAUGGCAUACUACCAAACUACCUUGUACUGUUUUUCAGUAGUAUGAAUAUACAGUAUAUACUGUGUAGAAUACAGUAUACUGUAUGUAAUUGAUUGCAAACACAGCUCAUACUCAAUGUUUGUUAGCUGGUUUCUUGUCUUGUCUUGACUUGACUUAUCUUUCGUUUGUAUAGCAUAUAUGGCAUACAUGUGCAUUUGAAAUGCUUGACCAAAUUGACAUUUUAUACUAAGUGAACGAAACACAUGCUUGCUUCAAUUUAACCUGCCUUUAAUAUUGCAGCUUUGCUAAAACUCUGCAUAAAUGUUACUACCUUGAAUAGUAGCCCAAGCACAAAUAGAUAUCACUGUUUACUGCAAUGCUGCAAUUCUGCUUAUAAACAAUACAUCUGUUGUUUAAUCUACUUUUACUUUGUUGUUUUGACUUUUGAUUGGUGUCUUGAAGGCGAUACAGAUGUGAAGUGCCAAUCAAUAUAUCAGUCUACUUGAUAGUGUUUGUGUGUGUGUGUGUGUGUAAAAAUGUGGGGAAUUCAUGAAAUAUUGAAAAGGGACUUUUGUUAAUAGAAAUUUCAAUUUUAAGUCCAAAGGAAUAAUUUUCCUCUCAUCAUUGGUUUUAGUAUUUAGCACAAC